AUGAUUGUGGGAGAUGAAAGUCAGAAGGCAGUCGUUCACACAUCAAACAGCAGUAUGGGACUAAAUUCAAUCAGUAUGGAAUCUAUUGCCCUAUAUUCCAAAGCUGGUAGUAGCUCAUGGGUGAAUACAACCAGUAGCUUAGGGGUGAAUCAAAGGUUCAAGAAGAAUUAUGUGCUGAUUUGUGAUUUCUGCAAAUGUAAAGGCCACAACAAGGAGUUUUGCUACAAAAUUGUCGGGUAUCCACCUGACUUCAAGUCUAAAAGAAAGAUUCAGGGUAGUGAGUCUGGUCAGCCUUCAGCAUCCCAUGCUCAUUUUUCUUAUGGAUUUAACACAAAUGUACAUAUACCUGAGUGGGGGAGAAAGGUUGAUGAGUCUCAAAAUGGUAAUGGUGGUAAUUCUGCAAAUGAAUGGGUUAAGAACUAUAUGCCAUUAAGCCAAGCUGAGAGAGAUGUCAAACAACUACUUCAGGGAUGUACUUUCACAAAAGAUCAAUAUGAUCACAUUCUCAAAGUGUUUCAACAAAAGUCAGAUCAACCUAUAUCUGAUUGCAGUGCUGUUAAUACGACAUGUAAAUCAUUUUUUGUUUCUGAAGAUAAAAAAAUGUGGAUUGUAGAUACUGGUGCUACACAUCAUAUGGUGUCUAACUUGAAUAUGAUGUCUAAAGGGUCUGUGACACAACUUGAUGCUCCUAGAUUUGUAUAUCUUCCUAAUGGUAACACCACUCAAGUGACUCAUGUGGGUAAUUGUGAUUUGUCAGCUAACAGUGUGGUUACAAAUGUAUUUCACCUACCUGAAUUCCAGCAUAACCUAGUAUCUGAACUUUACAGUGGAAAGGUGAAGAAGGUUAGUAAAGAGGAAGGAGGAUUGUAUUUUCUACUACAACAGUUGACACAUGGGACUGAAAGUGAAAAGAAGAAGUCUGCAUUUGUUGUUCCUAGAGUACUUUCCAACAUGGAAUUGUGGCAUCAAAGAUUAGGUCAUACUAGGUCUGUUUUUCCUUCAAGUAGUAUAAGAAGUAGUGCUUGUUUUGAUUUGAUUCAUGUUGACUUGUGGGGUCCUUAUAGUACAUCCACGUUUGAUGGUAACAAGUACUUCCUUACAAUAGUGGAUGAUUUUUCAAGAUUGACUUGGAGGUCUUGUCCAUAUACCCCUCAGCAAAAUGGGGUUGCUGAGAGGAAACAUAGACAUAUACUUGAAGUAACUAGGGCACUCAGAUUACAGGCACACAUUCCUUUGAGGUUUUGGGGGCACUGUGUUUUAGCUGCAGUUUAUCUAAUCAACAGGUUACCAAGUAGUGUGAUAGGUUAUCAAACUCCUUAUGAGAAGUUAUAUGGAAGCCAACCAGGUCUGUCUCAUUUAAGGACAUUAGGAGAUGUCAUCUUCAGGGAAGAUAUAUUUCCUUUUGCAAAUAAGAGUGAUUCUAACAAUCAUCCUAUAUUUGAAGACAUGGUUAUUAAGAAUGUAGCUCCUCUAAUAGCUAAUGAUGAAGUUGAUCAUGUAGUUGAGUCUGCAGUACCGGUAGGUAGGAGAUCUACCAGAAAAACACAAACUCCUACAUGGAUGAAGGACUUUGUUUCACUGAAUACAACUAAGGAUGUACAGUAUACAUUGUGUAAUUAUAUUAGCUAUGAUCACCUGUCUCCAUCUUAUCAAUGUUACAUUGCUGCUACUUCCACUAUUAAGGAACCUAUGUCAUAUGCAGAAGCUAUCAAAGAUAAAAGGUGGGUGGAUGCUAUGCAGACUGAGAUACAAGCUUUAGAGUGUAACAAAACUUGGGAACUUAUUGAUUUACCAAGAGGGAAGAGGCUUAUAGGUUGUAGGUGGAUAUACAAAGUCAAGUACAAAUCUACUGGUGAAAUAGAAAGGUUCAAGGCAAGGUUAGUUUCUAAAGUAGUCAACAAAAAGGAACCGAUUGAUUAUCAAGAGACCUUUUCACCAGUUGUUAAGAUGGUCACUGUAAGAACCAUUGUAGCUUUGGCAUCCUCUAGACAUUGGCAUAUUCAUCAGAUGGAUGUGUUUAAUGCCUUCUUGCAGGGUGAUCUGGAUGAUGAAAUAUAUAUGCAGUUACCUCAGGGGUUUGUCAGCCAAGGGGAGAAGAAGCCCAUAGAAGUUGGGUUGUCAGCAGCAAGGCCUGCUGGAACCCCUAUUGACAUUAAUGUCAAACUAACAUCUAAGUUGUACGAUGAUCAUAUACACAAGGGACAAAAGGACUCAGAAGAAGACCCUGUGAUAGAUGCAACAAAGUAUCAAAAAAUUGAUAGGGAAACUGUUAUAUCUCAACAUGACAAGACCUGA